AUGUCUUGGAAGGAGGAAUUUUCAGAACUUCUUGAGUUCCUAGACGACUGCACGAAGAAAUAUCCAAGUCGUUUGUUCAAUGUUACUCCCGAAAAAGAUUCGACCCCUGUACGACGAGUUGCCUUUGCUUUAGAAAAUGUUAUUGACCAAUUGAAAACUCCUCUCGUUCCUUCCACGCAAUCUUUGGCUCAAGCGUUGGUGUAUAAAUUCAAUGGACCCCACCGUCGCCAGGGAUACUGGAUGAUCUAUAAGAACCUCACACGUGCGCUACGAAAAUACAACGAAGAUGAUCUUUUGGCUAGAAUUUCGGAUUUGCAUAAGAAAGCAACUGCGAGUGGUGCAGGCUUUCAUAUGCCGUCUGUACAAGCUAUGCGGUACAUUGGUGGUGCUUAUUUAAAAAGGUUGUUCAGACUGCAGCAGAUCAGAGAUUUAUGUAUUCGCACUGCGCAUGUAAUUAUGGGACAGCUGGAAUUGGGUCACUGGGAAAAAUUCAGCUUAUUCAUUGUGGCUCUGUGCGCUGACGUCAAUAAUGGUGUCAGGAUGCAAGCAACUGCAAUGGAGCCUGCCUACAACGGUCUAUCAUGUUGCCUUCGACCACUAGAUGACAGAUUUCCUGAUUCUCUGGCUGACCUCUCCAUUUUCUCAUCACUUCGCGGUCACAUCUCAGCGCAAAAGAACGCUGAUAUGUCGCGUGUGAUGCGCUUGCUGCAAAUCACAGAUGAAGAACUGGAGGCGGUACGGACUAGGGAUCAAAUGGUGCGAUUUAGGGAUGAAAUAUUGUCAAAUAUGGAUUCUAAGAUGGAAGAUUUUGGUGUAUCCAUUAAUAGAACUUCGGAAAUGACCGAGGGAACCGUGAAGAAAAAGAAGACAAAGAGCCAACAAAGUUGACAAAGAAGAAAAGAAAACGCAAAAGUGGGUCAAAUGUUCACCAGCAGGGUGCUGCUCGGUUCUCGGCUCCUGACAUUGACAGUAGCGCAGCUGAUGCAAAUUCCGAAGAAAGUAGUGCUUCAAGAAGGAAGAAGAAGAAGAAGAAACGCCAUGACGCUGUUGAUGUUUCGUUAUCCUCACAUGAUUUACAUGUAUCGUCCGCUGGAUCUUCUACUGCAUUAGCUGAAAUUAAAAAGAAGAAGAGCAAGAAGAAAAGCAUCCCGGAUAAUGUAUUUUUUCAUAUUCAUAGAAGAGCAUUACAAAGCGGAAAAAGAGGGCAUUAAAAAAGAAGUCGACUACUAGAGAAAAACUUACAAGCGCAGAGCAAAUUUCACUCGAGGAAGACUUCCCGUCAUCGUUUAGCUCUUCGACUGAGCUGUCAGUCAAAAAGAGAAAGAAAAAGAGGAUAAGCUCAAUAAGAAAGACUUCUCUUAUCGACUCUAAUCACAAAAACGAGUGUGACGUAUUUGACGAGGCAUCAACUGCACAGUUCUCUUGCUUCAAAACUCCUAAAAAGCUCAAACGAAAGAUGUUCAACGAAGAAUUCGUUUCUCUUGAAAUGCGAAGGACUCCUAGCGUUAAGGAUAUUAGUAGCGCUAA